CUUUAAGUCUAUGGUUGUCGCAGACCAGAUGACAAAAAGUCAGGUGAAUAGGCUUUCUUCUCUUAUCUCGUGAUUAGUUCCCGCGAGAGGAUGAUCGACCGGAGCAGGGAAGACACUCCGUGGAUCGUGGCAGGGUGAAUGCCGGCUCGCGUUCAGGGAUUUUGUCAUAUCUCGUUGACUGCCUACUCUUAACUCUCCUAGAUCUGGUGGAGAUGGAAGUGGUAUUGUCGGCAAGCAGGAUCGGAGACAAUGACGGAUCUCCGUUUCAGAACGAAGACGUGCGGGAGUGGUCUCACGUCGAUCGUCUCACCGGAAUGUUGGAACGAGCAAGGAUCGAAACUGGUCGAUGGCAAGCCAGGACCAAUCAAUCUGCUCAUUCCUAUGGCAAGGUGAUCGACUCGCGGGAACGCAAUUCAGCAGAUGGAAGUGUUGUGCAGAAAGCUCGCCGACAAGUGGAGGUUUUCCAAAGCCAAGGAGUUGGUGGCAGAUCGUUCCAAAUAGUGAGAGCUUCGCAAUGGUCUUCCUCAAGAGUGACAGACUCCACUGGUCCACUUUCUGUGCCUCCGGGGGAGGUUCACCAGAAGACAGACUUUAGCGAGAGCCCGAACGGAAAGUCGGAUUUAUGGAGGCUAAAUGGGGACGAUUCAAACCUCAGCAAACUAUCCCAAGUAUCUUGGCUGUGUCGAAGGCUUCAUAACGAUACAGUGAAAGAUCGAGCUUCCUCUGUUACAAGACAGAACCCUUCCCCAUCGUCUAUCAGACGAUCGAAGAAGUUCGACACGAAGGAAUUGAGAAGGUCUCCGAAUUUACUGUCACAUAAAAAGAGCACAUCAAACGAGGAUGUUACCAAUGUACCCGAGAUUACCAACUCGGAACCCUUAUCGAGCUUUACUCGAGGCUGCCAGUCACGAAGAUCUCUGCAAGUCCAAAAUUCACUUUCAACCUCACCCCCAAAACCGACAGACCAAACGAGCAGAAGGCAAAAUUCUCUAGAAGACAUCAGAAGGACCGAAUCGAGUAAAACCACUCAAAACUCUACAAGCUCCACUCGAGAAAUUUAUUCGAAAGUGGAGCAGGGUAGAAAACAGAGUCUCGCUCGGUCGGAAGUUCGAGAUAGCUUUCGAGAAUCUAAUGAAGGGUUGAAAAAAAAUCCGAGCAAACUGAAGUCCUACGUUCUUGGUAUGGAGAAUCAGAGUAGCCUGAGUGGGAAUUACUCUUCACCUUCCAGCAAUUCUGGAAGACUUCCAGUCCUGACGUUCAGAGGCCCGUCGGAGUGCAGGGAUCACGAGAUGAAAAAGGACGAAUACGACUAUCCGAAAUCGAUUUCGGUGGCGACGACUCUGCCCAAGACGAUUCAGUUGGUGCCCACCAGCAAAGCGAACACCACGGUGGUUCAUCUGACCCAUGAUACAUCCGUCCACGCAGAAAUCCCCUGUCUAAGGCAAAAUUCGAUCCCCUUACAAUCGACCAUAAAAAUGAUACCAUACAAUCCCCCAGACUCGACUGACUUCUCUAAAAAUGUACCCAGGUCGGAAAACCCUGUCGAGAAAAAUCUCUCCCCUGACAGAGGCUCCUCCACCACGGAAACCUCCACGGCAUUCCCAGGAAAACCUGCCAAGAAGGUCGGAUUUUGCAAAACCGAGGUCCACUUCGCCGCCGAUUCGGGGAAGGUCAACAUUGUUGAGACCGAUGGCAAGCCACCACCCUCUAACAGAUUUCGAAGAAAACGGAGGAAUACUCUGGUUAAUGGGAAUGUUAACGGGAAUGUUAACAAGAAUCUACCUUUGAUUCACUUUGGAGAUACGUCGUAUGAGAAGUACAUUUUUGGAGGGACUGGAAAUCCCCAGGGGGAAAAAGUACCCCUAGAAGAAGCAGGGCUUGGAGCUCGAAAUUUGGACCGGGAAGUCCGGAAAAAAAUUGACGAUGGGGUCGGACGGGGGGUCAAUUUGAAGUCUAUCCUGGAACCAGGAUUUAAGGACGACAAAAAUUUCGAAUACGGGUCCUUGAAGAGUUGCUUCACCGGGGAUGAGAAAACGGUGGUGCAGAAACAUCGGGGACACACGACUACUGUAAACCUCGGUGCUAGUGUUCUCCCGAGACUGGAAGAAGGCAGGUACAAUCACCUAAGAACCAGAAUCCAACUGCAUUUCGACAUUCGACAAAACCACUCGCACCCCAUUUCGGACCCCAAUAGGAUCCUCCUAAGCGAUCUGAAUACCCUAAACGACCUGGAGAACUGCUCGAGGAAGAUCACCUCCACAGUUUCAAGAAUCUCCAGGUCGCUGACCAAUUCCGACCAGCUGGCAUUAAAAUCAACACAGCUGAUCAUGAAUGUAAGACGUGAAAACGAGUCGAGCUCCGACGUCGACUGGAACGGCAGUCAAUCUUCAUUAGACACGAGCGAGGACCCAUUGCUCCUGAAGGAAUUAUUUCCGGGCCUCCGAAGCACCAGAAGAAGGGUCUUCAGAAAUGGUACCAGUUUGGAUGUCGCCAACAAAGCUUUUUCGGAAAGAUUGCCAACUGGGGGUGACAACUCUUCUGGACCAGCCUCGCUACCACCGGGAAACCAGGAGGACGAAGAACGCUCUAAAAAAAUGUCAAAACCUCGUUAUUUGCCCCUGGAAGGAAGUAAAUGGAAAAACCCCGGUUACGUACCAUCCUCCGGGUCCAUGUCUCUUCCCUUCGAGAAUCCAAGAUGCAGAGAUGCGGUAGAAAAUAAUCCCUCCCUCGAGUAUUCUCUAUUGAGAAGGUCAGGAUAUGCAGGACUCGUUGAAGAGGUGGAAAAGGGAAUCGGGGAUUUGGAAAGGUCCAGGGAUGUUGAAAUUCAAGAGGUCGACGCGGAUGUCCGGGAGUUCUCCUUGCAUGCCGGAAGGAUCCCCGAGGGAACGAAAAGGAGCGGGAAUAAAGGAUCUCGAAAUGCUGGAGAGCGGAACUUCCUUCCGUUACCUUUGAUACCCUCGAAAGACUCUAGUGAAAGCUUUAUUGUUAAGAAGAAGGAUAACGGUACUCUAAUAGAAGAGACGAAUUCGAAAGCAGAGAAGGUUCCCGAGAGAAUCCAGUCGCCGGAUCUUCCUCGGAAACUUAGGCCAGGAUCAGGAACGGUCCUCGAGGACAUCCUUGACCCCCGGGAAGAGAGCAAGGUGAUCACCUCGGACACGGAGAACAACCAAGUGCUGGUAAAAAUGGUGACCAUCCAUAAACCGGUGAUAGCCAGGGUGGAGAACGACCACUCGCCGAAGAUGGAAAAGAGGACGAGCGAGUCGCUUUCCUCGAAUUUCGCGAAAAGAGAAGGAAGAUCCAGGUCUGGAUCCCGGUCCAGGUCGAGGUCGUCCUCGUGCUCGAAGGAUCGAAGCGGGGCCUUGCCCGCAGGUGCUGAGGAUCCUUAUCACGAAACCAAAGAACCCUGUGAUAAAGGCGGGUCUAUGGGUCGACAAGGUGAAACCGGAAGGAACGAAGAGGAGCCCUUGUACGCGAAUAUUUUCGAAAUGUCGGGAAGAGCGACGCCGAUUUACGAGAAUUGUCAGAUUCCCGGCAACGACACCGAGGUGGAGGAAAAGCCGACGUCGAGAAAUCUCGUCGAGGUCUCCCUGGAGACCCUGAAGAGGGACACCGAGGAGGCCUUGGAGGCCAUCAGCGACCUCUCCGAGGCCUCCAGUUCCGGCUCUAAGAGUCGAAAAAAUUCGGAGAAGCCCAAAAUCGGCAGGAAAAAGCUCGAUGUAAUCAGCGAAACCAACACCCAGGCCCUGAGAAACGAGGAGAAAAAUUCUAAGCCGAAAGUCAAGGUGGUUAAGGCCAGGAGUAAAAACCUAGGAACGGUUUCGAGCACCUCGAGCGUCGAAAGCUUGAGCAGGGCUCAAGAGCAGAAAACUCAUGCCAGGAUUAGUCGAAAUCCCGACUCGAAGACCUCUUCUGUUAAUAGCUCGCCGAGAUUUAAUAGAUUGGGAGAGAAUUGCAAUGUUUGCGGGAGUUGUAGAGUUAAUGGCCGAGCCGAGCGCGGGUCGAGAGGAAGUUUGGAUAAGGAUCCCUCGAAGACGAGAGCCAAGAUUAAUGGCUCGAAUCGACAGGUGUCUACGGUUAAUGGAGAUGGUGCGGAGAAACAGGCACCGAGUGGAUCGAUUAAGUCGAAGAAACCGAUCGAGAUCGUUUACGAGACGGCAGUGUUUAACAUGAAAAACGAAAAACUGUCGAAGCCUACGAAAGCCAAGGAGUCGAAGUCACCUCGAUACAUUAACGAUCUCAUUUGCGGAAGUAGAAAUAAGAGUUCGACUGAUCGCAAACGUGUGAAAGCUGUUGCUGCGGCUCCACACGCAGGGGGAAAAGGUGCCACACAGCCUAGCAGGCACUGGAAAUAAUCGUCAGACGACGGCGAACUUGCGAUAACUCUAAGUUCCUCGACGACUUACUCGUAACACUUCCACGCUGAGCAUUAAAACGAAGAACUAAAAUCGUCCACUUAUGCUAUCUCGUAUCGGGCAAAAUAAUAGUUCCUGUUUCGUUAACGAGUGUUACAUCAUUCUAAGCUCCUACUAAGCUUUAUUAAAAUCGCUCUAAAUAAAUGUUACGUUAUUAUUGAA